AUGUCUGAGGCGCAGGAAUCUCAGUGCAGUCAAUGUCGUAAAUCAGUCGAUGCCCUUCAACUGGGUCCCAGGAAAAGACCGAGGGCAACUGACCUGUUGAUGGGAGAAUUGGCUGAGAUUCCAGAGGAAAACUUUACCGCAGAGUAUGUCACUUUCCUGCAGAGUUGGCUGAAGGAGUGCCUGAUGCAAGGCGGAAAGGAUGAAGUUGAUGCUGUCACUGAGUUGGCAAGUAUCUCAGUUUUCUAUUUCACCAAAGGUGCAUCUGGAGCAAGGGGUGAUGAUACUAAGAGCCUCAAAGGCAGCGUCCUCGACUGCAUUACUCCUAAGGGGCAGAGUCUUGUUCCUCCUCUUGCUCGCAAUGUGCCUUACUUUGUCUGGCUGGCCUCAACUGGUCUAAUGCAGAGUGGGUAUCUCAUAUGUCUGUUUCCUUGA